GAGGAUGUGUCUGCAGAGCUGGGGCUUCUGUAACCUUGCUGUUUUGGGGAGUGAACACGGGAAUCACUCAUGGAAGAGAUACUACCUGCGACGUUGCCGUUUAGAGAUGAAGAUGACGGAAGGGAGGUCAGGAGGUUACACCUGCAAAAGCCUCAGAGGACACACAGGCAAGGUGGUGGGGUUGGUGUACCUGCAGGGGAAUUCAGCUCAGCAUCCUGACAUCUGGAGCAGCAGUGCCACAGUGUGCAGCGCCUCUACUGAUGGAACAGUCCGAGCAUGGGACAUCCAAAAUGGUGAACUCCUGUGGUGCAGUCCUGUGCAGAGUCCUUUGACAGUGAUUGUAAGUGAUGAAAAGCAAGACGUUGUGAUCACAGCAGACUCCACAGGCCUCAUCAAGACCUGGCAGGGUCAGACCGGCCAGGAGUUGGCCUCCUUUACUACUGCAUCUCCACACUGUACAAUACUACAGUACAAUAUCAACAACAAUUGGUUUCUGACUGUUGGAACCAGUCAGGGAUCUGUGUGUACACUAGCUGAUCCAGCUUUGACUCAAAAGUCCAGUGUCAUGGUGUGUGACACAUUUAAAGUCAACACACUCCUAGUUUCACCUGACAAGAAAUGGAUCACUGCUGGAACCAAGGACAAUGAUGAUUUAAGUCCAAAGGUGAUUUACACUGAGAGUUUGAACUCACCGUCUGAGGGCGAAGAUCCUCUGUGCCAAUCUGUGCCGGUCUCCGGCUGCCAGGCUGCUGUCUUCAUACCCACCCAGCCUGCCAGACUGGCCAUCAUCCACCAUAACCAGCGCCCAAACAACAAAGCCCUCACUGUCUUCGAUGUCAGCAUUAAAAAAACUAAGUACAAGUCAGAGAUCCAGGUCCAGCAGGUGGAGUCCUUCCCCUUGACAUUGAACACCAGUUCCUCACACAUCCUUCUCGAGGCCAAGGACAGCAACUGCUUAGUGUUGGCAGCUGGUCAGGAGCUAUGGGUCUACUCUUUGAAAGGAGCCCUGCUUGCUAGCUUUAAAGAUCAUACUAUGCCUAUUUCUUCUAUAUCUGUGGACAGCUUUCGUGUGGUGACAGCAUCUCAGGACCUCUCCUUACGAGUGUUGACAUGGAGAAAUGACAGAGACCAGAGGUUGACCCUGGAGAGCCGAUACCACUUACUGGGAGGCUCUCACACAAUGUCCAGAGGGUUCACCCAUGUUGCUUGUGACUACUCCAGCAUCGUGGCCUCAGCAGAAGGGAUGGACGGGAAAGAUGUCUUAAAAGCGUAUUCUUUCACCUCAUGAGCGUCGCUGCUCCAAAAAAAGCUCUGUGGAAAGUCAAUCCUGUGGCCUCACUUGACUUGAUUCGUCUCGGAUUAUCCCUGUUUAGCGGAUGUGGCAACACAAGAAACCCACAGGAUCCUGUGCGCUCCUGUGUGGAAUGCCACCUAUCUCAACAGGAUGACAGAUCAAGCAUGUGAAUAAAUUAACCUCAAGAAUGUGUUGAAAAGUAGCAGAGAUCGUGUGCUUUGUAAUUAUCUCCAUGAAGAGGUUCCUCUGGUCUGCAGCUCUGGGGUCGGGGGGGGUUCGUUGUUGGGCUAUUCUUGACUCCUCUUGGAUUAGACUAAUCUUAUUACAGUACAGGUAUGAAAGUAGAGCACCCACUCCUCAACAAAAACUCAUAUUAAAGCCACAUCACUAUUGCCUUCUGCUGGACUGUUGAGAUACGAUGAUCCACAAUAUAUUCUAGUCUAUUCUAUAUUAUAGUCUGUUAAUGCACAUAUUGUCAUUAGGAAAGACCUGUCCAACUGUCCACUUGACCAGAUUCUCAACGUGUCUAAUAUGUAUUUGAUUAAUGACAUGCAUGUCUAUUGUUGUGAAUACAUUUAAACCAAUUUUG